GCCGGCCCCGGCGCCGGAGCCACGGACUCCCGCUGUCGCCACUGCCACGGACGCCGGCUCAGCCGCCGCCUCGGCCCCCCGCUGCCUCAGCCGGCCGUCACCAUGAAUCAAGACCUGCAGAAAGAGCGGGCCGGCGCCAGCUUCAACCCGGAGCUGCUCACGAAUGUCCUGGACGGCAGCCCCGAGAACACUCGGCGUCGCCGAGAGAUCGAGAACCUCAUUCUGAAAGACCCAGAUUUCCAGCAUGAGAACUUGAAUUUCCUCAGCCGUAGCCAGCGUUACGAGGUGGCUGUAAAGAAGAGUGCCACCAUGGUGGAGAAGAUGAGGAAGUUUGGCAUCGCAGAUCCUGAUGAAAUUUUGUGGUUUAAAAAACUACAUUUGGUCAAUUUUGUGGAACCUGUGGGCCUCAAUUACUCCAUGUUUAUUCCUACCUUGCUGAAUCAGGGCACCACUGCUCAGCAAGAGAAAUGGCUGCAUUCAUCCAAAGGACUCGAGAUAAUUGGCACCUACGCCCAGACGGAAAUGGGUCACGGAACCCAUCUUCGAGGCUUGGAAACCACAGCCACUUACGACCCUGAAACCCAGGAGUUCAUUCUCAACAGUCCUACUGUAACCUCGAUCAAGUGGUGGCCUGGUGGACUUGGAAAAACUUCGAAUCAUGCUAUUGUACUUGCCCAGCUCAUCACUCAGGGGAAAUGUUAUGGACUACAUGCCUUCAUUGUACCUAUUCGUGAACUUGGGACCCAUAAGCCUUUGCCAGGUAUUACCGUAGGAGACAUUGGCCCCAAAUUUGGCUAUGAUGAGAUGGAUAAUGGCUACUUGAAGAUGGACAGCUAUCGUAUUCCCAGAGAAAACAUGCUGAUGAAACAUGCCCAGGUGAAGCCUGAUGGCACGUACGUAAAACCCCUGAGUAACAAGCUGACCUACGGGACCAUGGUGUUCAUCAGGGCCGUCCUCGUGGGAGAAUCCGCUCGGUGUCUGUCUAAGGCAUGCACCAUUGCCAUCCGAUACAGUGCCGUGAGGCAUCAGUCUGAAAUCAAGCCAGGUGAAGCAGAACCACAGAUUUUGGAUUAUCAAACCCAGCAAUAUAAACUUUUUCCCCUCCUGGCCACUGCCUAUGCCUUCCAGUUUGUAGGCGCAUACAUGAAAGAGACCUAUCAUCGGAUUAAUGAAGACAUCGGCCACGGGGACCUGAGUGAGCUGCCUGAGCUUCACGCGCUCACCGCUGGGCUGAAGGCUUUCACAUCCUGGACAACAAACACUGCUAUUGAAGCCUGUCGGAUGGCCUGUGGCGGGCAUGGCUAUUCUCACUGCAGUGGACUUCCAAAUAUUUACGUCAAUUUUACCCCAACCUGCACCUUCGAGGGGGAAAACACUGUCAUGAUGCUGCAGACGGCCAGGUUCCUGAUGAAAAGUUACGACCAGGUGCACUCAGGCAAGUUGGUAUGUGGCAUGGUGUCCUACUUGAAUGACCUGCCCAGCCAGCGCAUCCAGCCACAGCAGGUGGCCGUCUGGCCAACCGUGGUGGAUAUCAACAGCCCCGACAGCCUGACAGAGGCGUACAAGCUUCGAGCAGCCAGAUUAGUAGAGAUUGCUGCUAAAAACCUUCAGACUGAAGUGAUUCACAGAAAAAGCAAGGAGGUAGCGUGGAACCUAACGUCCAUUGACCUUGUUCGGGCAAGUGAGGCACAUUGCCACUAUGUGGCAGUUAAGCUCUUUACGGAAAAAGUCCUCCAGAUUCAAGAGAAGUCCAUCCAAGCUGUCCUAAGGCGUUUGUGUCUCUUGUAUUCUUUGUAUGGAAUCAGUCAGAAUGCAGGGGAUUUUCUUCAGGGGAGCAUCAUGACAGAGUCUCAGAUCACCCAGGUGAACGAGCGCAUAAAGGAGCUGCUGACUGCGAUUCGCCCUGACGCGGUCGCUCUGGUGGAUGCAUUUGAUUUUCAGGAUGUGACACUGGGCUCUGUGCUUGGCCGCUAUGAUGGGAAUGUGUAUGAAAACUUGUUUGAAUGGGCCAAGAAAUCCCCACUCAACAAAACAGAGGUCCAUGAAUCUUACAAGCACCUAAAGUCACUGCAGUCCAAGCUCUGACAUGGCUUGAUGAUAAGUGCAGUCUGCCCCUGAAAGUAGCUGUUCUCCUUACACCUGUCACACAGAUCUGCAUGGAAUCUUGAUCAAAUUCAGAAAAGCUGUAGAGCAAGUGAUAAAUUGACCCUUUUCCUCUUUUUAUAAAUGAAAAAAGAAAAUGAGCAGAUUUUGCAAAUUAAAGGAAAAAACCAGAUGUGUUUUACAAGUGCAAUUAACACUGAAAGAGACUAUUAAGCAUUCAGAAAAAGCUUUAAGAAAUGCAGUGCAACUUCCAUCUGUAUUGCUGCUGAUCCCAGGAGGCCAGGACUUUUGAUAAUUAGUAAAAUUUAACUACUAAGUAGUUAAUUAUUUUCACAUCUUAAUUGCUAAUCAUUGGAUAUACAAGUGUUUUUAAACAAAGGUGUUUUUUUAAGCAGGUAGAACCCUUCCAAGCUUUCUUGCUCAUGUCCUAACACAGCUGCCAGGGGCCCCGGCUAGAAAGCAUGAGUGAAGAAGAGAGACUGGGGAAAAGAAACUAAUCAGGAAAUCUGUGAGUUCGUGCCUGACGCACUGACACCUUUCCUGCCUGCUUGCCCUCCUUUAUUGAUGUAUUGCUCCUAUCUUAAGUGUUCACAGUAGCAUCUUUCCAACCUGAAGAUAUCUUGAGCACAUGCUCCUGCAGGGUCCCUGCCCUGUGUAAUUCAGAACUAAGCUUCCGUUGGAGGGUUCCCUAAAUGGUCCUCUAGUAGAACUAUAGCUCCCUUUGCCUCAACUUCUCAGGAAGAGGGAGGCAGUCAAGUCAUCUCUACAUAUAACUUUUGGCAACUGAUGAGAUCUCCAGAUCAGUCGUUUUGAUCUCCCUCUCCUGCGAAAGAUGCUAAAGAAAGGAGAAAAAUAGUCACAGUUCCUUCUUAGAAGAAUAAGGGCGUGGAGAGCUAUCAGUUACGGUUACUGUAACUUUGGUGACCAUGGUAACUAUGUUUUCUAGAACAAUCCAGAUUUCCUAUAUUCUGGCACUCUGGCAGAAGCCAUUAAAAUGCUUGGAGGUUACUGUGUCUGGCCUUAGAAAAAUAAAAGCAUCACUCAUUGCCUCUUAUACCCAGGAAAGUCCUUUGACAAACCAUGUGUUCUAAUUUUUUAAUCAGAAAAUAUAAUCAUUGAAACAGUGGCUAAAGGAUGGAAGCUCCAUAGAAUGUUUCUUAGGGUGUAUCUGGUUUUAUUUUCAGUAUGUUUCUAGGAGCUUUAUCUGACUUGCUAAAUUGUCCUUUCAGCUGAGUCUAAUUUAUACAAUCAUUCUAUAUUUAAAAGCUAAACAUGUAUCUCAUGAUGAAUUUUUUCUUCAAAUCAAUGUAAAACAAAUCACUUAAUUUUUUUGUUGUUGUUAACUAUAUUUGUAACCUCUGUCUCAUGAAGCCAGUUGUUCUAGAGUCAGUCUUGAGAAUGUAGUAUGUAAUUCCCUUCUUGGGACCUUACAUAAAAUCUAUCCCAGUGAAACUAGUAAUAGGAGACUUUAAGGUCCAGCAGAAGAAAUACUGCCUUUUGACACAAGCCUUAAUCUUUCCAACAGGAGAACUAAUUGAUAAUUGUGUUAACAUUGAAGUAAAAAAGCACUCUGUAAAUCUCGUAUGGGUAUCUCUUGGGACUAGAUCAGAUUCUGGGAAAUAACAGUAAAUUCAGAUUGCUUAAUAUUAAUCUGUUAAAUAUAGAAUUGUUUCCAGUUAGUGGUUAAAAAUCUUAUUCACAGAGGGCUAACCCAUGGCCAGGACAUGAGGGUUUUUGAAAUGACACCCACACAAUCCAGCUGCAUAGGUCUGGGAUCUAAGCAUUUUGAAACAUGGUGGUGGACUCUGCCAGAGCCACCUUCAGCCCAGCACCGUGAGUUUUAUUUAAAAGCUAGAUCUGAUAUUUACAGUAUUUUUAUUAACAUUGGAAUACUUUGAACUUUAGUCACUGUAAUUAAAGAAUAAAGGUACCAUAAGACCUCAAGAAUUUGUCACUAUCAAGAUGGAAAGAAUGUGCCACAUAAAAUUAGACAUAAGUUUAAAUUAUGAAGAAUUUUAAGAUGUAGAUUUAGGUAACACUAAACAAUAGAAGGAAGGAAGGAGUGAGACCUGCCUGAGCAGAUAGCCCUAAACCUGCCAUGAUGCUGUCUUCGUAGAGUAUCUGGGUGCUCUGUCCAUGCAGGAAUAUGGGUUUGUUGGUUUCUCAUAAAGCAGCAGCAGACCCAACUUGCUGUCCCUUAGAAGCCAGACUUUGCCACAGAUAAGGUUGGUUCUGUUGGGUUCUUUUGUGAGCCAUUUUCAUAAAGAGACAAAUUUCAACCUAAUCUCCAAAAUGAUGAUAAAUCUGAGCAGAAUUAAUGUUUCUAUUUGGAGAAGGAAGUGGCAAUCCACUCCAGUAUUCUUGCCUGGAGAAUCCCAUGGUUGGAGGAGCCUGGUAGGCUACAGUCCACAGGGUCGCAAAGAGUCGGACAUGACUGAGCGACUUCACUUUCACUUUAAUGUUUCUAUUAGAUGAUACUGACAUAACCCUUUGAAGAUUCCUGAGGUUUUUGCUGUUUGUAAUGGAUGAAGUUUGCUACAUCCUGAAGUAUUUGGAUUUCUACUUCAUAUCUACUCAAUAGACACUGAGGUAUACUUCAGUGUUUGGACAUAAGUGACCUCAAAGCACAGUUGGUCCCAAAGCCUUUGUGGGCCUUCCUGUUCUUGUCUUCAGAACAUCAUACCACUAAGUAGCAGUUUAUCUUCAAGAACAUUCACUUAAUUGCAACAUUAACCAUGUUCACAUACUUUCUGAGAACUUACUGGUUGUAAUUUCAGAUAAUAUACACUUGGAGGCAUUUAACCAUUUGUAACAUCUAACGUGUUAUUAGAACUCAAUUCUUGGAUUUUCUACAGUGCAAGGCUUUGGUUGGGGAAAUAUUGAUUCAUAAUCCUUGAGUUCUCUAGGGAACAAAAAUUCCUCUAAUGACUGCUGCUCAGAGUCCUACCCCUUUCUGAGUUCUUUCUAUCCAUCUCAGUAAAAAAAAGACUAGAUGCAGAUGGUAUUGUGCAAGGUAUGCCUGGGGUUAUAGAUUGUCCUCAAGGAGUAGCUCCUGCACCAACUGGAGAGGAGCCUUGCCAGGAAACUGAUGAAUCUACUUGAGGCCAAGAGUCGAGUCUUCUGACUGAAAGGUUUUCAUGGAAAAAUGCAGAGAUCAACUAAUUGAAUAUUUAUUAUUCCAUUCCUAGAGGAUUAGACCAAGUCACCGUAAAUUAAUAAAAUGUCUUUUCAUUUUAAAAUACUGGUAGAGUUUUUGCUUAUAGCUCUCCAAACUCAAAUUUUCCUUAUUAUUCCUGUGGUCCAUGAUAGUAAAUAUAGAAACAUAUAAGGAAAUUUUAGGGUUAUCAGAUGUUAGCCAUUGCAGAUUGCAAAUUCCUAGGUUUCAGGGAAUUUUUUAUUUUUAUUUUGUCUUACAUGUAAGUGGAUUAUCUUGAGGAAAAUCAUGGAACAUUGGGAGGGAUACUAAGAAUUCUGAAGCAAAACAGUUUAACCACAUUACUAUCAACUUGCACAGAUUAGGUAACAACGUGAUUGUCCAUCCUCUGCAUGAUAUUCCAACUGGUGACUGACUGAUUGCUUGUAAACAUUUCCAAUUGCUAUGAAUUCAAGGAAAUUACUUUGGUGCAUAUAAUUUGCUACCUUCUUACCCCUUUAACUGUCACGGUUUGAGUUUGGUUCCUACCUGAUGAAGUGUAUUUAGUAUGUAUUGUUCCACAUGCCUGGCAGGACAUGUCAGUGACGGUGGGAGUACUGGAGGAGGUGCACAGGUUGAAAGACUUGAGUCAUGGUUGGACAGUGGUGACCCACCAACCUUCGAAUAAGCCAAACCACUAACCCCAUCUUCCUUUGUAAAAUUGAAAAAUCCUUAAUAAACUCUGUAAUCAACACAAAAA